AUGUCGUUUAACCCCGCGGAGUUCUCCGAUGCGAACUUCGACGUCAAGGCCUGGGUGAACAGCGCGUGCGCGGGGUGCCCGCGUGGGGAGAGCAUGGAAAAGUACCUGAGUGAGGUGGAGAUGAAGCUACAGCUCGUCGCCGAGGACAUCUCCCUCGCGCUCGAGGAGCAGUCCGUCGCGGGCCUGCAGCGCAUCCCCCGAGCCGUCGCCGAGAUCGAUCGCGUCGAGCUCGAGUCCAAGAACCUCCAGACGCGCAUCGCCGGCAUCCUCAAGCGACUCGACGAGGCCGAGACCGGAUCUCGCGCGAGCGUCAACCUCCUGAGAGACAUCGACGCUGUCAAAGGGCGCAUGGAGCUCACCAGGGACACGCUGGCCGAAGCCGCGGGUCUCGCCGAGCUCAUGCGAUCGGCGGAUGACGUCUUCGCCGGGGGCAACGUUCGAUCCAUGGCGGACAUCGUCGCGUCCAUGCGAAGGUCGCUCAAGGUGGUCGGCUCCGUGCCCGAGUUUGAGGACGCGCCGGAACGGGUGGAGGCGUUGGAGCACAGGCUGGAACAGGCGGUCAAGCCCGAGCUGGUCAAGGCGCUCGCGAACGAGAACGCGUUUCGCGCGUCGGAGCUGCGGAACGUGCUCGACGUGUCGGGGAGGAUCACGGCGCUCAUACACGCGUACGCUGAGGUACGCGUCGUGGAGCCGCUGAGAAGGGAGUGGGACGCGUUCAAAAAAGGUGCGGUACCGGCCGGGCCGGCGGCGACGGCGGCGACGAGCGAGGCGCAAAGGUUCGCGGAGUGGCUCCCGGGAUACUGCGAAAAGGUCGCGUCCCGGCUGCGGCGCGAGGUUUCCUUCUGCCGGAGCGCGUUCCCGCGCGAGUGCGAGGAGCUGAUCGCCACCGCGUGGGUUAAGCUCAGCGAGGCGACGAAGAGGGAGUUCUCCGAGCGCAUGGCGUCGCAACGUCUCGAUUGGUUCAUAGCGGCGCACCGCGCGGCGGGUGACGGGUAUUCAACCGCGGCCAAGUCGGUGGCGGACGCGACGGGCCCGGAACGCGCCGCCUACGCGCUGCGCGCCGCGCUCGCGCCCUUCGACGCCGUCCGCGAUCGUUACGGCGAACUCGAGGCGAGGGCAAUUGCCGAGGACCUCGCCAAGUUGGAGGUGCGACGUUGCGACGACGUGGAGGCGGCGGCGGGGGAGAUGUCGGCGGCUGUCCCCGUCGCGAUCGAGUCGCUGGGCCGCGCGAUGGAGCGGUGCGUGGCUCUCACCGCGGGGACCCAGGCGUCGGCGAUGCUCAAGGCGGUGGACGACGGGCUUGUGCGGUACGUCGACUCGUUGACCGCGUCCAUGAGGAGGCUGAGGAAGUCCCAGGGGCUGCCCACGAGUGGCGGAGAGGGCAAAAAAGAGGGUUCCGAAGGGAGAGUCGUGGCCGGCGAGGAGAGCAUCCAGUCCGCGCUUCAGCUCACCGCCGUGGCCCACGCGCUCACCGCGCGCGUCAAGGAUCUCGAGCGAUCGCUCGUCGCGUCGCUCAAGGAACUGAGGGGCGCGCUCCUCCCCGCGCUGCCCGAGCCCGGGCCGGCUUCGGAGAUGCCCCAGCCCGCCGCCGCCGACGCCCUGACCCCGGCUCUCGCCGCGGUGCACGCGAACCCCGACGGCGCGCGUCGACUCCGCGCGCUCUUGGACCGGGUGCACCAGGACGUUCGGUUCGGUCCCCUCGCGCGUGGGGUGCCGCGGUGCGCGGAUUUCGAGGAUUGCGCGCGCGACUUUGUGCUUGACGUGCUGCUGUCCAAGGUGAGGUCGGAGUUUCGGGGGUUGGCGAAACGGGCCGAGUGGUCGACGAGCGCGGAAUCCUCCGAUUUUGACCUUCCGACGUUCAGCGCGUAUCCCCAAGGGUACGUCACCACCGCGGGCGAGUACCUGCUGUCCCUGCCGCAGCACCUGGAGUCCAUCGCCGACGCCGCCGAGGAGGAGCGGGCGGCGGCGGCGGCGGCGGGCGAGAUGGGGAGGGCUGCCACCGCGGCGGAACACUUCGACUCCGGGGAGUGGAUGACGAGGGUCGCGGAGGCUGCCGCGGGUCUGCUUCUGGCGGAGGUGCGUGCAAUCACCACUCUCGGUGAGCCGGGAGCCGCUCAGCUCGCGGCGGAUCUCGAGUACUUCAACAACAUCAUCUCCGCUUUGUUCAGCGAGCCGCCGUCGGCGCUGAGGACGUACGCGGUUUGCGCGGCAGCGGCGAGGGAUUCGUACGCGAUAUCCGUCAGGGACGUCGAGGGAAUGGACGAGGACGUUAUCCGCGCCGUCGCGAAGGCGAGGGGCAUCAAGCUCAACUAGUAG